CAUUGGGUUAAAGUUUGUCCCCCUGCGUUGCUCAUAUAAAUAAUAACAACCAAAAUCUGGGCUAGCAUGUGGAGAGAAUAACUGUCAGACAAGUAGCUCGUUUUUAUUCACAUUUCUAGCAACCAGCCGAAUAUCUCAUUCAUUUGCUGUGUAAGCUAAAAGAAGCCACCAUGGCAGGUACAAGCAGCAGCAGCAUGUCGGUCGACAGCGUGUUUAGGACCCGCUCUCUCGGAGUGGCCGCCGAGGGUCUUCCUGAUCAGUAUGCCGACGGAAAAGCAGCCAAAGUCUGGGAGCUGUACAUCGGAGACACGCAGAGUAGGACGCAGGAAUACAAAGACUGGGUGGUGUCUUUGCUGAAAGAGCAAGGGGUGCGGAGAGUGCUGGAUGUAGCCUGCGGAACUGGAGUUGACUCCAUUAUGUUGGUGGAGGAGGGGUUUAAUAUGAUGAGUGUGGAUGCCAGCGACAAAAUGCUCAAGUAUGCACUCAAGUCAAGAUGGGAGAGAAGAAAAGAGCCUGCUUUUGACCAGUGGGUGAUUGAAGAAGCCAACUGGUUGACGUUAUCAGACGAUAUUCAGAAACCAGGAGCUGGCUUUGAUGCUGUUAUCUGCCUUGGCAACUCAUUCGCCCACUUACCAGACUUUAAAGGGGACCAGAGUGACCAAAAGUUGGCCCUUCAGAACAUUGCCAGUAUGGUCCGACCAGGUGGGAUCCUUAUCAUUGACCACCGUAAUUACGACUACAUCCUGGAGACCGGCCGGGCGCCACAAGGCAAAAAUAUCUACUAUAAGAGUGACCUAACUCAGGACAUCUCCACCUCGGUGCUGUGGGUCAACAGUAAGCCCCAUAUGAUCACUCUGGACUACACCAUCCACGUGCCCAAGGCCGCCCUCCACAAUCUCCCUGAAAUCAGUAAAUUCCGUCUGUCCUACUACCCUCAUCGCCUGGAGAGCUUCAAGGCUUUGCUGAACGAGGCCUUCAACGGCAAAUUGGAGCACAGCGUCUACGGAGAUUUCCAGACAUACGUGGCUGGCCAGAGCCAGGCCCCGUGCUACUUCAUCCAUGUUUGUAAGAAGACAGCCUAAGAGCCCCACCCACCAACUUACUGCAAACACACGAAAACAAUAGCUCUCUCUUCAAGUCCCAAUAUGCUCCUACAGUCCUCCAGAUUUAGGCAAAAUUAUAUUUGAAUAUGUUUUAAAAAUAUUUAAUUUUUUAGGAAUGCUGGAAAGUAAACUAGAUUUUGGUACACUGACUCUUUAGUCACUUUACCUGUCAUGAUCACAUUGGCACUAAAAUCAUCCUAGUUUGUGCCUGCAGCGUCUGGUGCUAAUACAUGUGCAUUCACAAGGGUGGCAGUGCCAGUAGGUAGCUGGCAUUAUUAUCAUUAUAUAAGAAAACAUAUUGUUGGUGGUUUUUUUAUGCCCUGGAAAGUUGUAAUUCGUAUAAUUGGCUUCAUUUUCUCUAAUCAUUUUAAAAUGAUGUUUGCUAAAAUGUUGCGACAGAGCCUCGUUGACUUCAUUAGAACAAUUGGUUGAUUCUGAUCUCUCUCAAAACACAAUGUGUUUCUUAAACUCCCAAAUAAUCCCUUCUACUAAACUAGUCUAAAAAGGUCAAACCUAGUUUGAAAAAUAUAUUCCAAAUAUAUCGGACCAGUGUUUUGCCCAUAUCUGAUUUUGUGUUUUCCUCGUUUCUGUUUCUUCCCUGCUUCCCUCCUCUCUGAACUUUGAUAUCCUUAGUGAACAUGUUUUUAAAUGGUGCUGCACAUUAGUGAUAUUCCUCAUGAUGGAGUACUUGACAAUAAUCGCCAGUAAUGUACAAAGUGCUACGAUACAUUCUUAGACAAUUGUAUUCAGCAAGUUUACCACAAGAGUCUUAAAAACACAGAUAAAGCAUCUGUGUUUUGUGAAUUUUAUUUGUAUUUUUGAGCUGGCCUAAUGCCUUUCUUUAAGCUCAGGCACAGCAUAAUGGCAGUUGGAAUAUUUCUGUUCAUUAGCCUUUUGAACCCCCAUAUUCAACUUUUGUCUUGCUCAAUUGUAAUCUCGCACAGUCCCUGUCGUCACUUAAAUAAGACCAGAGAGCUUGUGAAGAUUGUCAAUCACCCUGACACCUUAAAAAAAAAAAAAAAACCUGGUUAACCUGUUUGGAGUGUCACACUGUCUGUCAGUCCAGUCAAGGUUCCUCCACCCUGAAGUGUCCUUGACUACCUCACCAAAUCCCUACCAGCUCCAGAGACCUCUGACCUCUCUGAAGCUGAAGCAAUUUUCUUUAACUGAUUUCUUUUGUCUCAUAUUUUGUAGUACAAUUCAAUUUUUACUUUAUUUGAGCCAAAAACAGCCUUUACAUGUUCUGGUCAUCACCACUGAUGAACUUACAAUAGGCCAGGAGUGAGUACCAGCCGUCAUAGGUCACAUUAAAAACUAAAGUCCCAUUGAGGAUUCAUCCAAAACUACUAACAGAAUCACUUUAUGAAUACUCAAAAAGCCAGUGACUCUAAGCUGGGUUUAGCAAACUGGUUCCAAAUGCAAACAGUUGCAUUGCAGUAAUAACUUGGAAAACCUAACACAAAUUGUACCAACCAAAGAUGUUUGAAGAGUGUUAAUUUCUUUUGCUCAAUCUUCGAUUUUCUUUUUUUUCUUUGUCAAAAGUAGGAAAAACUUGAAUGUUAUGCACUUGUGCUGCACAGUACAUGUCUCAAAUAAUUUAGUUUACCCAAAUAAUGAGAGGAGCAUGGUGGAAGAAUAAUUUAUUUUGCUGUAUUAUCCAGGUCCAAAUACAUUUUGCUUUGAUACCAAAUUAAAAAUGUGCUUUUCAUUGGGAUGAAUAAAGGAGCUCUACCCCUGCUGUUUGCCCAAGCAAGACCGCGUGAUGCAUUCAAAUGUUGUGCCAGUGCUUCUUGUAGAACAUAAUGUAUGGUACGUGGCAGUUUGUGACGAAGAGUAGGUUCACAAUGUGGUAAGAAUGGCUGGAUGUUUGAGUGGGUUUGAAAGUUUAUGUAGAGAUAAAACUAUUUCAGAACAGUCUUAUUAUGUUUCCAAUUCUCAAAAAAAAGUGUAAAAAUGUUCAUUAUUGGCAUUGAUUAUUGGAAUUCUUUUGCAUGAAAUAAAAAA